AUGCUUCACGACGACAUGUUGGCAAACGCGGCUCUUGUGCUGCUCCUGGUACUACUCCUGCGUUCCGGGAUUAGUACCGUGUUGAUUCUUAUCGCACUGGUCUCACUGCUGCUGUGCAAUCCCCAUGUGCGCACGUUUUUGGAGCUUGCCGCGCCUGGUCACCUUGCCUCGGACAAGAGCACAGAGCGUGAUGCAAAGCGUGUAGAUGCACUGCGCGCGUAUCUUGUGGAUCUUGCGGAUCAGAAGCCGAAGGAUAUGCCGCAGCUGCAGGGAUUGAUGGAUCUCGAUGGCGUGCCUGGCGUGGUGCGCACCGAGCUUGAGAAGACGUUUGGGCUGUUUAGGCGAGACUAUCUGCAGUACUGGUACGACCCGAUUUCGUUUGGCGACCCUGCAUUUCCUGAUGAUGCAAUACAUAGCCUUGUUCACCUGGUCGCGCAGAUCUGUAUGCGAUUUGCGCAGUACCAGCGCAUGCAUAUUGCGUCGGAGCUGUCGUUGACCGCGCUUGGCGUCCUUGUCGCAGCGCUGCGAAGCCGGCGCGAGAAUGCUGCCGGUGCUGCGGAUGUGCACGCAGAUGUGCAUGCAUGCGGUGCUGGCCUGUGGGAGAGUAGUGAGGCGCGCAUCGCGAGUUUGCGCUCGUCGAUCUCGUCCUUGCUCCUUCAGAACCUGCCCAAAGAGGACAGUCGGUCGCCCGCGCUGGUGGUGAUGCUCACCGACAUCCUUGCCAAGCAGCUGUGGAGUGUGCUACAGACACAGAGCGACCCUGAUAUGGUGAACCAGUACAUUGUCAAGUACGGAGCGUCGUCGGGCGACUCGGCGAUUGCCGCUGUGCUUGUCGGCGGAGCGCCGCCAAGUGCGGCGCACGCUGCGGAGCAGAGCGUGUCGCUGCUAGACGCCGCAUGCGCUAGCGACGAUACGCCUGUGCUGCACAUGUCUACGUUGGACGCUUCGGGUGCUGUGACGACGCCUGCGAAUGCUACUGCGACGCAGCAAACGGCUGCUGCUUUGCACGAUGCCUCAGGGGCGGAUAGGGAGGCCAGUACAGAGCUGAGUACGCCUGCGCUCUGUGACGAGGGCCGUGGCGAGGGCCGUGAGGAGCCACACAUUUCUACAGACGAUGCGCCAAGUGCGACGACCGAGGCCAACGCGUCCUCUGCAUCAUUGGCACUGCCCCUCGACGCGCCCGCACCCAGCUACGCAGUCCGCAAGCCCCGCACAAAAGACGUGGAAGAGAUUCUCAAAGCACGCAAUCCGCACAUUAUGGAUCCCUUUGAGGCGUACAUGCAGCGCCUCGAUGCUUCCGACCAGCACCGCAAUGCAGAAGGCAUCGCACUGCUCCAGCUGUACACGAACUUGAAUGCACUGCACGACACUGUUGAGCUCGGCAAAUCAACGCCACAGCUCUUUGAGAGCGACGCGCGGUCUGUACUAGAGGCCGCGUACGAAGCAUUGCCCGUGCGCGCCGUUCCUCCGCCCCUUCCCGACGCACAGGUGCGCACUGCGAUCCACGAGGCGCUGCAAAUGCGUCUUGGCACGCCCAACGCGCUGCGCCCCGUCGGCGCGGCAGUCGUGGCGCGGCUACAGCAGCUCUGGGACAUGUACCAGUCUAGUACCCGGCGCAAAUCGAUACCCCCCGACACCCAGCACCUUGGCCUUGCAUACGAGCCGCGGCGUCCCGCUUCGCAAAACAGCGCUCGACAUCCAUCGCCGCGCCCCGAAGCACCAACACAAGAUACGAUCCCUGUCACCAUCUCUGUGAUGGACGUCUCUCCCGACGCAGGGGCGGAAACGGUAGACGUGCGCACUUUGCAGCUUCUCAUCUCAAUCGAGAGCGCAGAAGACGCCGCGACAGGGUCCGGGGGGUAUGCACUCCUGCGCACUUGGCCGCAGUUGGAGCAGUUGCAAAAAGAACUGGAGCGCAUGUAUGCCCAGCGCCCCGCCGACACUGUGCUGGUCGAGCGGCCACCGAGCCUGCCGAGUUUACGCCGCAAGUCGAGUGCCCAGGCGUGUGCAGCGAUCCAGGCGUACCUUGCAGCGCUACUGUCGCCUGAGCGCGGCCAGCUGGCAUGGUUCAGCACAACGCAGGCCGUGCAGCGCUUCAUAGACAAGACGCGCGCCGACGACGCCAGCGUGCCGACAAAACGCACGCCAACACUCAUGACGAGUCUUGGGGGAAUGAGUCGGUCGUUUGCGAGCGGCGUUGUUGGCGCUGCCGGCACAGCGCGCAAAGGAUUCGAGCAGAUCAGCGCCGCGGCGCCCGCGCAGCGCGCUCUGUUUGGUGCGAAGGAGCCCGAGCUGCCCAAGCCAGCGCUGCCCGCGCGGAAACCAAUGAGCGCGUUGCCGCUGCCGCGGCGCCCCGAGAGCCCCGAAACAAACCCGAUGCGCCCCGCGUCGCCCAAUAAGCUGUCGAUGGCAGAGCCAGAGCUUGCGCUCGAUGCUUGCUCGCUCUCGUCGCACGACAUCGAUGCGCUCCUCACCGCGGUGUUUGCCGCCGCACACGAGGCGUUCAAUCUGCAAGGCAGCUGGACCUUUCGCCGCGGCCUCUUGCGCGUGCUUGAGCAAGUCGUGCGCACGACGUACAGCACGAGCGUGAUGGGCACGCUUGUCUAUUUUGCCGCGAUGCUCACACCCAGUGCGCUGGCCGCAUGGGUCGCGUACCUCCGCGACGCCAUCUGGCCCAACGGCGUGUAUAGCCAGGAAGAAACGCCGCCGCGCACCGCCGAGCAAAGACGCGUCACGGCCGUGGAGGCGCGCAACGUUGUGCUCAGCUAUACACCGACCCAAGCAGCGUAUGCCCUCGGGAUUGGCGGCAAGCAGACGUGCAUGGACGCGAUGGCAACCGUGCACGACGUGCUCACCGAUCCAGCUGUUUCCUUGGACCUCCACCUUACUUUGCUCCUGCGCGUGUUGGACUUGGGCAAGGGCGUGGCAUCGGGCAAUCGGGUGUAG